AUGUCUCACCAAGCUGCCCAACUCAAAUCCAACUCAAACCGAGCUGGUUUUAUGGCGCUAUCUCUGCUUACUCCGACUUUUCUAUUCGCAUCCAAGAACUCGCCUGCAGCCCUACUCAUCGGAAAGGGCUAUGAGAAACUCAAUUGGGUUCAUCGUUGGUCAGGGAGACUAUUGUUUCUCAUGGCUACUGUGCAUGGUUCAUUAUGGAUAAAUAACCGGAUACGAAACGGACAGGACAAACUGCUUCGAACCGGGCUGAAAGAGCGAGAGGGGCAGGCUGCAUAUGGGCUCUUAUGCAUGCUCGUUCUUCUUAGCUUGAGGCCUAUCCGGGUUUAUGCAUAUCAGCUAUUCUUUGUUUCCCACGUGCUUGGGUAUAUUGCAUUCUUCAUUAUGAUAUGUUACCAUACCCCCUAUGCGGUGCCAUGGAUCUAUCCUCCGAUUGCGUUCUGGGGGCUUGAUCUUCUGCUACGACUCGUACGGUUCCGGAUUAAGGAUGCGUACAUGACUGCUGUCGAUCAGCAAAUGACGAUCGUCAAUUCGAAUACCCGACAUCAAGGCGGAUGGCUCGCUGGGCAACAUGUUCGGCUCCGGGUAUUCUUCAACGGGCGUCCGUUCGAGUCUCAUCCACUUACAAUUCUCAAUGCCGAUUCUGCUACAACUGCGCUCUCGUCUUCGACUGGCAUUACUCUUGGGGCUCGUGCUGUAGGGGAUUGGAGUCGAGCUCUUAACAAACUGGCUAAAGAUCGGGGUACCGAUGGCCGUAUAAUUGUUAUGGUUGAUGGCCCAUAUGGCGGGCUAACUUUUGACCUCGGAGACUUUGAGAGCACCCUACUGGUUGCUGGCGGAAGUGGUGCCACCUUUACCGUCGGAAUACUGGAUGAUAUCGUCGGUAGAGUUAUUAGACAUGGAAGGGCUAAAGGAGAGAAGACUCGUAUUGUUAAGUUUGUCUGGUUUGUGCGCUCAUACGGUUGUAUCUCUUGGUUUGCGCCUAUUCUCGCCCAGCUUGCCGAAGUAUGUCAUGGAACUUCGCUUUCAUUAUCAUUUCACUUUUAUGUGACCUGCCUGUGCGAUCCCAAUGCGCUCUUGCCUAUCCGGAAUAGCACGAUUGAAGAAUCCAAGCCCAACAUUGCGGAAUUGCUUGCACCUUUGUUGGAAUCAGAUGCAGAAAAGGGAACGGGGAGGCCUACCUCAGGUGGUGUUGCAGUAGCUGCCAGUGGCCCCGAGUCGUUGAUUUGUCAAACGAGGAAUGCUGUUGCAAAAGUGGGACCAGGUGCUGCAACACGGGUUGGUGGUAUCCAGAUUCAUACGGAACUGUUCGCUUUGUAG